GUCCUGGGUGGUGCGCGCUGCUAGCGGUCACACAAUCCUGCUGGAAGCGGUGGGAGGAGUACUCACAUGCAGGAGGAGGAGGAGGAGGCGGCUGCUGCCACAGGCCCCGCACACACCGGAGGAGACGGAGGGGAAACCGGAACCCUGGAUUAACCCCUGAACAUCAGGAGCGCGGGGGGGAGCAGGGCGGGCUCCCCGGGCAGCACCAUGAAGGUGACAGUGAGCUUCGGCAGAACCCGGGUAGUGGUGCCCUGUGGGGACGGUAACCUGAAAGUUUCCAGCCUCAUCCAGCAAGCGGUGACCAGGUACAAGAAGGCCAUCGCCAAGGAGCCUAAUUACUGGAUACAAGUCCAUCGUUUGGAGCACGGUGAUGGGGGCAUUCUGGACCUUGAUGACAUUCUUUGUGACGUGGCUGAUGAUAAAGACAGACUUGUAGCUAUAUAUGAUGAGCAAGAUCCACAUCAUGGGGGAGAUGGCACAAGCGCAAGCUCUACUGGCACUCAGAGCCCAGAAAUUUUUGGCAGCGAGCUUGGAACGAACAGUAUAUCAGCCUUCCAGCCUUACCAAGCAACUAGUGAAAUUGAGGUCACCCCUUCAGUCCUGCGAACAAAUAUGCCACUGCAUGUACGACGUAGUAGCGAUCCAGCACUGGUUGGCAUAACCACUUCAGUGAGUGACUCCAACUUCCCAUCUGAGGAGCCAUCUCGCAGGAACCCCACUAGGUGGUCUACAACAGCAGGGUUCACAAAGAAGAGCCACCCCGGAGGCCAGAACGCCAAUGACAGAAAGAAAGAUGAGAACUACAGAAGUCUGCCCAGAGAUACCAAUAACUGGUCUCAACAGUUUGAAAGAGAUAAAGCUCGCUCUUCCCUGAGUGCCAGUCACCCUCUGGUGGACACGUGGCUAGAGAGGCAGGAGCAGGAUGAGGAGGAUGGAGAAGAGGGCAGCCGGGUGGAACCUGUUGGUCAUGCAGACACUGGCUUGGAACGCACAUCCAGCUUCUCCCUUGAUGACAUGGUGAAACUGGUGGAAGUCUCCAAUGACGGUGGACCUCUAGGGAUUCAUGUAGUGCCUUACAGCGCCCGGGGUGGAAGAACUCUUGGAUUAUUAGUAAAGCGGCUCGAGAAAGGUGGCAAAGCUGAACGAGAGAAUCUUUUUCAUGAGAAUGAUUGUAUCGUCAGAAUUAACAAUGGUGACCUUCGCAACAGAAGAUUUGAACAAGCACAGCAUAUGUUUCGUCAAGCCAUGCGUUCGCCCAUGAUCUGGUUCCACGUGGUACCAGCUGCCAACAAAGAACCAUAUGAACAACUAUCUCAAAGCGAGAACAACAGCUACUACUCAACCCCACAGGUGCCCGAUCAUCAGCACAUUGAGAAAAGGAACUUUCACAGCCCCGGUCCUGAGCAGACUCUACAGAGAGUGCCUAGAUACAUAAAUCAGGCAGAACCAAUGGACUCUUACCCACAUCUACCUCAUAGCAUCAAUUCAGCAGGAAAACCACCAACUGGCCUCAUGCCAUCACCACAGCGUGGUGUGAACUCUCCCCCACCAAGCGGUUAUAAUACCAAAAAAGGAAAGAAGCUUUAUAUACAGCUAAAGAAAGGUGUUGAAGGAUUGGGGUUCAGCAUUACAUCAAGAGAUGUCCCUCUCGGAGGUUCAGCUCCUAUCUACGUCAAAAACAUUCUUCCCAGAGGAGCAGCUAUCCAAGAUGGCAGGCUGAAAGCUGCAGAUAGACUACUAGAAGUGAAUGGUGUAGACCUAACUGGGAAGACUCAAGAGGAAGUUGUGUCGUUAUUAAGAAACACAAAGAUGGGAGGUCCAGUGAAUCUUUUGGUUCUCCGGCAAGAAGAAGCUAUCCACCCACGUGAGCUGAAUACUGAAGCCAAUCCGGUACCAAACACGAGGGAUCUGAAGACAGAAGAUGACGAUCUUGUUCUUACUCCUGAUGGAACAAGAGAAUUCUUAACAUUUGAAAUUCCACUCAAUGACUCUGGGUCAGCUGGGCUUGGGGUCAGCGUUAAGGGAAACCGGUCGAAAGAGAACCAUGCUGAUCUGGGUAUUUUUGUGAAAUCUAUCAUCAAUGGUGGAGCAGCAUCCAAAGACGGAAGACUUCAUGUGAACGAUCAGCUUGUUGCGGUCAAUGGGGAAUCUCUACUGGGCAAAACAAAUCAGGAUGCCAUGGAAACUCUGCGGAAAUCCAUGUCUACGGAGGGGAAUAGACUGGGAUUGAUCCAGCUUAUUGUUGCCAGGCGAAUAAAGAGAAGUGAGUUGGAGUCACCUGGAAGCCCCUCUGGGCCUGAAUUGCCUGUUGAGACAAUGCUGGAUGACAGGGAACGAAGAAUUUCCCAUUCUCUCUACAGCGGCAUUGAGGGGUUUGACGAAUCGCCCACAAGGAAUGCCACAUUAAGUAGGAUAAUGGGUAAAUAUCAUCAGCUUUCCCCAACAGUGAACAUGCCUCAAGAUGACACUGUGAUUAUUGAAGAUGACAGAGCCCCAGCGCUUCCUUCCCAGCUCUCCGACCAAUCGUCUUCCAGCUCUCAUGAUGACGUGGGAUGCAUAACAGACUCUGCUGGAGCCUGGUCAAAAACUGUAACCAGUGAAUCUACAGAGAGCACGCUGAGCCCAGACGUAGACCCAUCCCUUGCCUUCCAGAGAGAAGGGUUUGGGCGCCAGAGCAUGUCGGAGAAACGCACGAAGCAAUUUGGAGAUGCCAGUCAAAUGGACUUUGUUAAAACGCGGAAAUCAAAGAGCAUGGAUUUAGUAGCUGACGAGACUAAGAUCAGUGCAAUGGCUGACCACAAUGCAGGUUCCACAAGCAGAGAUGUCGGUCCUUCAUUAGGCCUGAAGAAAUCCAGCUCAUUAGAAAGCCUUCAGACAGCCGUGGCCGAGGUGACAUUGAAUGGUGACAUUCCUUUCCAUCGCCCACGCCCACGGAUAAUUCGCGGACGUGGCUGCAAUGAGAGCUUCCGAGCUGCUAUUGACAAGUCCUAUGACAAGCCACCUGCUGCCGAUGAUGAUGAUGAAGGCAUGGAGACGUGUGCGACUAAGUCACAGCUGAACAGUUCAUCAGACUGGGCAGGUGCUAGCAGGUCACAGCUGGAAGCAUUGGACAGUUCAGCAGACUGGGGUGCUUGUAGGUCACAGCUGGAGGCAUUGGACCGCUCUGCAGAGUGGGGUGCUAAUAAGACACUGACGGAACAAAAGAACAGCUCAACAGAGUUGGUGGAAGAAGACACUGAAGAGAGUUCCAGAUCAGGGCGUGAGUCUGUGUCUACCGCCAGUGACCAGCCUUCCCACUCGCUUGAGAGACAAGUUAAUGGUUCCAGCCAAGAUAAGGGCAAAAAGGACAAGAGUGGAAAGGAGAAGAAAAAGGACAGAGAAAAGGAUAAAAGCAAGGCCAAGAAAGGAGGGGUGCUGAAAGGUCUGGGAGACAUGUUCCGGUUUGGCAAACAUCGAAAAGAUGACAAGAUUGAACACAGGGGAUCAUGGAAACUGAAAAUGCAAGAAGCCCACCCUUCUGAAGAUGACAGAAUGCGAAUGAGGCAAGAACAGGAGAGAAUUCAGGCAAAGACUCGAGAGCUUCGUGAAAGACAAGCCAGAGAAAAGGACUAUGCCGAGAUCCAAGAAUAUUCUAAGAAUUACAGAGUCUCUGAUGAUCCCGCUUAUUCUGUACACUAUGACACAAUUCCAAAUAGCGGUACACUUAACUUGAACAGUAGACCCCAAAGUCCAAGAGAUGGAAAGCAAAUGGAAGCACUGUAUGCCCAAGUAAAGAAACCGAGGAACUCCAAGCCUCCACCUGUAGACAGCAAUCGAUCAACUCCAAGCAAUCAUGACCGGAUACAGCGUCUUCGGCAGGAAUUCCAGCAAGCAAGGCAUGAAGAUGAUGUGGAUGAACGCAGGCGUACAUACAGUUUUGAACAACCUUGGCCAAACAACACUACAUAUAAUCAGAGCGGACGGCAUUCAGUGUCUGUGGAAGUUCAGAUGCAAAGGCAAAGACAGGAGGAGCGGGAGAGCUUCCAACAAGCCCAGCGCCAGUACAGUUCAUUACCCAGGCAAAGUAGAAAGAAUCCUAGCUCCGUGUCUCAAGACUCAUGGGACCAAGCUUAUGCUCCUGGAGAAGGUUUUCAGAGUGCCAAGGAGAAUCCUAGAUAUUCCAGCUAUCAAGGAUCAAGAAAUGGUUACAUGGGUGGACAUGGGUUCAAUGCCAGAGUUAUGAUGGAAGCUCAAGAACUUCUCAGACAGGAGCAGAGACGGAAAGAGCAGCAACUUAAAAAAAAUGUGUCCUCAGAAGGAUCAAAUAAUUAUGACUCAUACAAGAAGGUCUCUGAUCCCAAUUAUGCCCAACCGAAAGGUCCUUUCCGCCAAGAUGUACCACCCUCUCCGUCUCAGGUAGCACGGCUCAACCGAUUACCACCAGAACAGGGAAGACCAUUUUACUCAUGAGGAACACUUAAAAUGAAAAAAUAAAUAAAAAAAUAAAUAAAUAAAGGCAAUAACAAAUAUUUUCAUGAAAGAUUUUGUAUUUUUUAAAUAGACGGUACUAUGGUGCAUAUCUUGUUUGUUUCAGUGCCUUCUGCAGUAUGGGCAAAACAACAGUGGACCUUUGUUAAGCCAACUCAGCCCUUCUUCUAUUGGUCUGUUAACUACAUGGAAGGAAUUUCACGAUAAGACAAUCACAGGUUACGUUCAUUUUUCCCCCCGAAAAUCGUAUGGUUCAAGGCCGGAAAGAAAUGACAAUUUUAAUGAAAUGUCGAGACUGCAACACUUUGCUCAGAGAUCUUUUGUUUUGCUAUGCAUUUUUUUUUUACUAAUAUAAUAUAUUGUGGGAAAGAGAUGAAUUGAGGGUUGUACUCAACAGUUUCUUUUAUUUUUCCUUUUUUAUACUAUGUGGAUGGUUGACUAAAGUAUUAUUUUCAUGUUAUUAAGCAGCCAAUAAUUGGUCAUUUACUCAUUUACAAUGCUUAUGUUGUUUUUUUUCUUGUUUUUACGCAUUUAUAAACCUAUGUUUAUUUUGUGAUUUAUUUUUAUGUAACUGAGAAAAGAUGUGUGUUACUUUCACUGUCUUAUCAUGGCUGCCUUUCAUCUCAGAGAAAUUUGUACAAAAAAUUGUUUUUUUUUCUGUCCAUAAAUAAGAAGUGUUCUUCUAGAUGAUAAGAGUGCAAACCCUUUAACGAUUUUUCUCUGUCGAAUGUAUUUCAUCACAUUCGGGUGUCUAAGAAUGUUUAGAUAACUAGACCUUUUUUAUGUUGUCAAGUGCAUCUGUACACUGUAGAGGCGGCCAUUUUGUGCAUUGAACUUUUCAAUUCAUUAUUAUUAGCAACAAUGAGAAGCAAUAUUCUGCGUAUGUAUCAGUAACGUUUCGGCCCGUAAAAUAAUUGCCACUGCUGUGUAUAUGCCUCUGGAGCUCCUUAAUGUCAAGACAGAUUGAGGUAAAUGUUUGGACAAGUGGAUAGAUAAUUGCAUCAUUGUAAUAAGAGCGGGAAUGGUGUAUCUUUGCACAAGGAUUUCUAGGAUAUUCUGCUUUGUGCUUCCAUAUGACACAAGUAUGUAUUGUUGACUGUGUGAAUGAAAGGAACAUGGAGAAAACUGUUACACAGUGUUAUGGAUCUUGCCAGAUACAUGCAGGUGAGCUUGAAGCAUCAGCGCAUGUUUGUGUGAUAACAGGAGUCUCAUGUCAUAUAGUAACACCAAGCAGCACCAAAUCAUAGAACAUUUUGCUUCAGGUAAAUACUAUAGAAAAGUUGCCAUUUUGGGGUAUCUUUGUUAUUAUGUCCAGUGUGUUGCAGUCCAGCUAGUCAUUCUCUAUUUAGGAAAAAGAAAGGUAACUCAUUUCCGGUCUGUUGUAGAAAAGUUGGAUGAAUACACUGUCCCAAAUAAUCGGAUAUUAUCACAUAUUCUAAUAGUAAUUGUGUCUCCUGCUGUAAUAAUUACUCUGCAUUUAAAUAUUUUAUUGUGAUCAUUCCUGAUUUAUCAUAGCAACAGUAAUUCGUCAUUUCUCAUAAUUGCCUCACAUUAUUUACUGACCAAUUACCCUUCUUGUUAUCUCGGACUGCUCCAUGCAGUUAUCAUUCUUCCAUUCUACAUGGUUAUCCUUUAGCCCCCUCCUAGUGAUCAUCUCUCCAACCUCCUUCCCCAUCCCCUGAUUAUAUCUUGGCCCACCUCCAUUGGUUAUCUCUCAGCCCCCCUCCCUGUACCCAUCCCUCUGCCUGCUCAUAAUGAUCUCUAUCAUCCCAUAGUAUGUUUUUUUAUAUAUUUUGUUCCAAUUUUAGCAUCUGUUCCUCCAUAGCUGGAGCAUUCUAUAUUCCCAUAGUAAUUAUACAUUUCUUCAUACCUCCCUUAUAACAGAGUAUAUAUCCUUGAUGGUACUGCAGGUCUACAUGCACAAGUGCGUGACCUCUAAUUUGAGAAAUUUAGAAGGGGUCUAUUUACUAAGCCUUGGAUGGAGAUAAAGUGGACGGAGUUAAAGUACCAGCCAAUCAGCUCCUAACUGCCAUGUCACAUGCUGUGUUUGAAAAAAUGACAGGAGCUGAUUGGCUGGUACUGUGUCUCCGUCCACUUUACCUCCAUCCACAGCUUAGUAAAUAGACCCCUUAGCCUUUAGUUAUUGGACAAAUAAUGGAAAAUAAACUUUUUAGACAAUUAUGAAAGCUAUUACAAGUUACUCUGAUUACGGUCAUGUUAUUGCUACAGAUGAUUUACACCAGACACAUGGUGACUACAUCUGGCACCAGAAAUCAGACACUACUAAGCCAUCAUCUAAAGCUGAAGGAACGUCGUAUUAAUUGUUCCUGUUAAGUGGAUGGCAUUGAAUGUGAGUGAAGACAGGUAUAUAUGGCAGUGUAUAGUAAUAAUAGUAGUUAAUUACAAAGACCUGUUUUCAGUCUCCUUGUUGCUCAUCUCCAUUGCAUCAUCUUCACUUUGUAUAUCCAUAAGCAGAGUACUUGUAGAAUAGAAGAUCUAAGGGAAUCCAGUUCUUUCUGUUGAUCUGAUUGACAAGGUAUCUGUUACAUAAGCUCUUUAGUGUUAUGGUCGCACCACUUAUUAAAGUGCCUAUGAAUCUUGUGCCGAUUGUGGAAUCUAAGCUGAACAUAUCAUGUUAGAAACAUGGGGGCUGGGGAAGGGGAUUUAAGUAAAUGUAAAAAAUAAAUAAAUCAUGCAUUGUGAUGGAAAAACAUAGACAUACAUGUUUUGGUUACUGACACACUUUUAACUUUCACAAAUGUUUGCUUUUUUUUAAGACAAUUUAUGAAACUGUCAAUGCACAUGUAUCCGUGUCUUUUAAAGAUAUUUUUGUUAUUAAUGUACUACAGUGUUUAAAUGAUUUCUAAUGUAAGCACAGUGAUAUGGAUGAGAACCGCCUGUUUUUUAUACUGAUAUGACGAAAAAGAGCAAAAAACCGCCUUAUACUUGUAUAUAAAUCAUUAGAAUAAAAUUCAUUUCUCUCCUA